AUUUCCAAACCUCCAAACAAUUAAAGAAACGGCAAAAAUUUAUGCUGAAAUCUUUUUUUCUUCCUUAUUCUCCUCUUUCGCUUGAUUUCGCCGUCCGAUUAUCUCUAUCGCCGAUAAAUAUCCGGCGUCACUCAGUAGAUCUUGAAGCUGUUGCUUUCUUGCUUUGCUCUUCGCGCAAGAUUCUCUUUCUCUGUUUUCAUUGAGGAUUCGAAGUUGAUCGCUAUUUGAUUCGAUUGGUUUUGAGUUUUCGAUCCUCGACGGAUGGAGAUUUUGAAGUGAAUCGGAGGAGCGAAUAAGAGAAAGUGAGAGAUGGAUGAUAGAGAAGGCUCGUUCGUAGCUGUUAGGCGGAUUUCUCAGGGUCUCGAACGAGGAAGCGUUUACAAUUCAUCAUCUGCUGAGGCUGUGCCUGGAUCAGCAGCUUGGUUAGGCCGAGGUCUUUCUUGUGUUUGUGCUCAGAGAAGAGAUAGUGACGCAAAUUCUACGUUUGAUCUAACACCUGCUCAGGAGGAAUGCUUGCAGAGUUUGCAGAACCGCAUUGACGUAGCUUAUGAUAGCACAAUACCCUUGCAUCAGGAAGCUCUAAGGGAGCUGUGGAAACUUUCCUUUCCUGAAGAAGAGCUUCAUGGAUUAAUAUCUGAGCAGUGGAAAGAGAUGGGUUGGCAGGGCAAAGAUCCGUCAACAGAUUUUAGGGGUGGUGGUUUCAUAUCUCUUGAAAACUUGCUGUACUUUGCCAGGAACUUUCAGAAAUCCUUCCAGGACCUUCUGAGGAAACAGGUUGGGGAUCGGUCUGUGUGGGAAUACCCCUUUGCUGUCGCUGGUAUCAACUUAACAUUCAUGCUCAUCCAAAUGCUUGACCUUGAAGCAGUGAAACCGCGAACAAUUGUUGGGGCAACUUUUCUGAAAUUUCUUUCUGAGAACGAAUCUGCAUUUGACCUUCUUUAUUGCAUUGCAUUCAAGCUAAUGGAUCAGCAAUGGCUUUCAAUGCGUGCCUCAUACAUGGAGUUUAACACGGUGAUGAAAUCAACAAGGAGACAGCUGGAGAGAGAGCUGAUGCUGGAAGACAUAAUGCAUCUUGAGGACUUACCCUCCUACGCUCUUCUCAAUCAAUAGCCCUUAUGAUGAUAUUAAAUAGUAAGAAGAGUUUCUAACCUCAGGAUAACACAAGGUUGCUCUACUCUCUCUCUCUCUUCACUUUUCAUCUUCAACGCUUUCGGUUCUACCUCUUCGUUGACCUUUUCUUGUGUUUGGUGGUUCUAAGAAACAACUUCAACACCGAGUUGUUACUUGUUAUAUUAAAACAAGAAAAAGAGUGUGAGAGAGACGGGGAGAGGUUGGGAUAAAUCUCAAUUUGGUUGCAAGGAGUGUGUAGCUAAAAUGGAAUUGUUUUCUAACAACGUUCAGGUUUUUUAGUUACUGUGUGGGUGAUUGAUCUUAUUGUGUGGGGAUAAUAAUCAUUUGGUGAUGUCCACAAGUUCAAAAGCAGUCUCUGUUAAAGACUCUACACGAGGUUAAAACUUCAUUUGUUUGUGUAUUAAAAAAAAGAAGUUACUUUGAUUGUUUAUAGCUGUGAAAAUUCUGCGUGAAUAAUAGAGACGGCCUUCACAAGC